GACGCUGAGUCGUCAAAUCGGAGAAGAAAACGCCAUGCAUCACCAAAAACAAAAAUUGAAGAAAACGAUUCCGAUUUUUUUCUUCUUCUCUCCUCAUUUCAAUUCCCAUUUUCUGUGGGCUUCGUGAUCGGGAUUUGUUUAUUUUCGGUCGAACCCAGAUACCGAGAUUGGAUUUCUUUUAAUCGCAUUGUGUUUGUUCUUCUGUCUCGAUUGGAAUAAUGCUUUUGUGACGUUUCCACUUCGAGGACAAGUUCAGAUGGCUCAACUAGAUUGUGGAUUUCAGUUUUGAAACUAGGCCGAUUGUUUUAAUUGCAGCAUAUAUGAAACUUGUGGCUCCAGCGGAUAAAAAAAGUGUAGACGUAUGUAUGUAUUGCACACACACGCUAAGUGGCUGUUCUCUGAAGAUAGGGAUAAUUAUUAUGAAGGAUUGAGUCUACUAGUUCAGAGAAGAUGGAGAUGAAUAAAAAAGGUUCCCACUCAAAAGAGAAACCGACUGUGGGCCGUUCUUCAUCUUCUAGUGAAGUGAAAAAGCCUGCCGAAAAAGACUUGAGCUCCUCCACAUUUGUUAAUCAGGCUGCAAUUUGUUGGCACGAGAGUAGAAAGAAGUGGGUCGAUAAAAAUUCUCAACAACAACAAAGAAUGGAAAGGGAAUCGAUGAUAAGCUGGUCAACAGCAUAUGAAGAUCUGCUCUCCACUAACGAGCCCUUCAGUGAGCCAAUACCUCUUCCUGAGAUGGUAGAUUUCUUGGUUGAUAUUUGGCAUGAUGAAGGGCUUUUCGAUUAGAUAACUCGACACAAAAAAUAUUUAGCUGUAGACAGGAUCUGAGACCGUGAUACCAAGUUUCGUGAUGUGUUCAUACUCGACGAACUGCUACUGGUUCUUCCAUUUACUAAUUCUAUGAAGAUUAUAUAAUCUUACAUUGUUGUGAUCUUUGUUCAAACUAACAACUAAUUCAACAUUGUAUCAUUGACCUUCUUGUGGUGGGAGUAACAUCCUGAUAUUUAUGCAGCAGUUCAGGGUCAUGGAAACUUAUUUGGAGAAUUAUUUUUAAAAAUAAUUUCAUGUUUUUCUUUUCUUUUCUUUCUCAGAGUUGCUAUUAAUAACUCUGAUGAAGUUUUUGUUUUUGUUCUUAAAAUUUCAAUGUAUUAGUCUAUGUGUUAUAUGGCUAAUGGUAUUGUGUAUUCCAGAUUGAAGCAUCUCAUAUUAACAAAUCUAUGUUAUGGUGCAAAUUAAUUUGUGGUUUAA